UCCCCGCAGCCGCCAGCAGGGAGCUCCCUUUCGGCUCCGCUCGCGCGGUCGCGGGGGGCGGCGCUGCGCUGCGCCGCGCCGCGCUCCAGCCCCGACCGGGCCGGGGUCGCUGGAUGCCGCGUCUCCGCUGCUGCUGCCUGCCCGGCGGGCUCCGGCGGCCGCAGCGAGGUGGGGUACACAGGCCCUGUGGCAAGCACCCAUAUAGUCCUCCGGGGUGCCACCCCUAAAACAGCACCCUCACCAUGUUUAAUCUAAUGAAGAAAGACAAGGACAAAGAUGGCGGGCGGAAGGAGAAGAAAGAGAAGAAGGAGAAGAAGGAGCGCAUGUCGGCGGCAGAGCUGCGGAGCCUGGAGGAGAUGAGCCUGCGCCGCGGCUUCUUCAACCUGAACCGCUCCUCCAAGCGCGAAUCCAGGACGCGCCUGGAGAUCUCCAACCCCAUCCCCAUCAAGGUGGCCAGUGGCUCCGACCUGCACCUCACCGACAUCGACUCGGACAGCAACCGGGGCAGCGUCAUCCUGGACUCAGGCCACCUGAGCACAGCCAGCUCGAGCGAUGACCUCAAGGGGGAGGAAGGCAGCUUCCGGGGCUCUGUGCUGCAGCGGGCGGCCAAGUUCGGCUCGCUGGCCAAGCAGAACUCACAGAUGAUUGUCAAGCGCUUCUCCUUCUCCCAGCGUAGCCGGGACGAGAGCGCCUCAGAAACCUCCACCCCCUCCGAGCACUCGGCCGCCCCUUCGCCGCAGGUGGAGGCAAGGACGAUAGAGGGACAGCUGGUGCAGUACCCGGGCCCAGGCAUCCCUCGCCCGGGGCCCCGGACGCGCGUCCCUGAGCUGGUGACUAAAAGGUUCCCAGCCGACCUGCGCCUGCCGCCCGUGGUGCCCCCGCCCGCCCCUGCCCUGCGGGAGCUGGAGCUGCAGCGCAGGCCCACCGGGGACUUCGGCUUCUCGCUGCGCCGCACCACCAUGCUGGAUCGCGGCCCCGAGGGCCAGGCCUACCGGCGCGUGGUUCACUUCGCUGAGCCCGGUGCGGGCACCAAGGACCUGGCCCUGGGGCUGGUGCCAGGAGAUCGGCUGGUGGAGAUUAACGGGCACAACGUGGAGAGCAAGUCCAGGGAUGAGAUUGUGGAGAUGAUCCGGCAGUCCGGGGACAGCGUGCGGCUCAAGGUGCAGCCCAUCCCGGAGCUCAGUGAGCUGAGCCGGAGCUGGCUGCAGAGCGGCGAGGGAGCCCGCAGGGAGCCAGCCGAUCUGGACCCUGAGGCUGCCUCUCCCGCCCACAGCCAGGUAGGGUGCUCCCGGCCCACUCCAGAGCCCUCUGCUUCUUCCGGUGACCGCCCACCGGCCCUGGCCUGUGCCUGGGCUGGCAUCUGCGCCCGGGCCUCAUGCUGGAGUGCGAAGACUGAAGAGCAGAUCGCAGCCGAGGAGGCCUGGUGUGAGACGGAGAAAGUGUGGCUGGCCCAUAAGGACGGCUUCUCGCUGGCCACUCAGCUCAGAUCAGAGGAGCUCAGCCUGCCGGAGGGGAAGGUGCGUGUGAAGCUGGACCACGAUGGCACUGUAUUGGACGUGGACGAGGAUGACGUAGAGAAGGCAAAUGCUCCCUCCUGCGACCGGCUGGAAGAUCUGGCCUCGCUGGUGUACCUCAAUGAGUCCAGCGUGCUGCACACUCUGCGCCAGCGCUAUGGCGCCAGCCUGCUGCACACUUACGCCGGCCCCAGCCUGCUCGUCCUCAGCCCCCGUGGGGCCCCCACCGUGUACUCCGAGAAGGUGAUGCAUAUGUUCAAGGGGUGUCGGCGGGAGGACAUGGCACCCCACAUCUACGCCGUGGCCCAGGCGGCGUACAGGGCGAUGCUGAUGAGCCGUCAGGACCAGUCCAUCAUCCUGCUGGGCAGCAGCGGCAGUGGCAAGACCACCAGCUGCCAGCACCUGGUGCAAUACCUGGCCACCAUCGCGGGCAGCGGGAGCAAGGUGUUUUCUGUGGAGAAGUGGCAGGCUCUGUACACCCUCCUGGAAGCCUUCGGGAACUGCCCCACCAGCAUGAACAGCAAUGCCACGCGCUUCUCCCAGAUCCUGUCCCUGGACUUUGACCAGGCUGGCCAAGUGGCCUCGGCCUCCAUCCAGACGAUGCUUCUGGAGAAGCUGCGCGUGGCCCGACGCCCCUCCAGUGAGGCCACGUUCAAUGUCUUCUACUACCUGCUGGCCUGUGGGGACAGCACCCUCAGGACAGAGCUCCACCUGAACCACUUGGCUGAGAACAACGUGUUUGGGAUUGUGCCGCUGGCCAAGCCCGAGGAGAAGCAGAAGGCAGCUCAGCAGUUCAGCAAGCUGCAGACGGCCAUGAAGGUGUUGGGCAUCUCCGCCGAUGAGCAGAAGGCCUGCUGGCUCAUCCUGGCUGCCGUCUACCACCUGGGGGCCGCAGGCGCCACCAAAGAAGCCCCUGAGGAGCCAGCGGCUGGACGCAAGCAGUUUGCCCGGCACGAGUGGGCCCAGAAGGCCGCGUACCUGCUGGGCUGCGGCCUGGAGGAGCUGUCCUCGGCCAUCUUCAAGCACCAGCACAAGGGUGGGACCCUGCAGCGCUCCACCUCCUUCCGCCAGGGCCCGGAGGAGAGCAGCCGAGGAGAUGGAACCGGCCCGAAGCUGAGCGCACUGGAGUGCUUGGAGGGCAUGGCGUCCGGCCUCUACAGUGAACUCUUCACCCUCCUCGUCUCCCUGGUGAACAGGGCCCUCAAGUCCAGCCAGCACUCGCUGUGCUCCGUGAUGAUCGUGGACACGCCGGGAUUCCAGAACCCGGAGCAGGGUGGGUCGGCCCGGGGAGCCUGCUUCGAGGAGCUGUGUCACAACUACGCCCAGGACCGGCUGCAGAAGCUCUUCCAUGAGCGCACCUUCGUGCAGGAGCUGGAGAGAUACAAGGAGGAGAACAUCGAGGUGGCGUUUGACGACUUGGAGCCCACCACCGAUGACUCAGUGGCCGUCGUGGACCAGGCAUCCCAUCAGUCCCUGGUGCGCUCGCUGGCCCGCACGGACGAGGCAAGGGGCCUGCUGUGGCUGUUGGAAGAGGAGGCGCUGGUGCCCGGGGCCACAGAGGACGCCCUCCUGGAGCGCCUCUUCUCCUAUUACGGCCCCCAGGAAGGCGACAAAAAAGGCCAGAGCCCCCUCCUGCGCAGCAGCAAGCCUCACCAUUUCCUCCUGGGCCACAGCCAUGGCACCAACUGGGUGGAGUACAAUGUGGCUGGCUGGCUGGGCUACACCAAGCAGAACCCGGCCACCCAGAACGCCCCCCGGCUCCUGCAGGACUCCCAGAAAAAGGUCAUCAGCAGCCUGUUCCUGGGCCGCGUGGGUGGCACCACAGUGCUGUCCGGCUCCAUCGCGGGGCUGGAGGGCGGCUCCCAGCUGGCACUGCGCCGGGCCACCAGCGUCCGCAAGACCUUUACCACGGGCAUGGCCGCUGUCAAGAAGAAGUCCCUGUGUAUCCAGAUCAAGCUGCAGGUGGAUGCCCUCAUCGACACCAUCAAGAAGUCCAAGAUGCAUUUCGUGCACUGCUUCCUGCCCGUGGCCGAGGGCUGGGCCGGGGAGCCCCGCUCCGCCUCUUCCCGCCGCGUCAGCAGCAGCAGUGAGCUGGACCUGCCCUCGGGAGACCCCUGUGAGGCCGGGCCCCUGCGACUGGACGUGCCCCUGCUGCGGGCCCAGCUCCGCGGCUCCCGCCUGCUGGACGCCAUGCGCAUGUACCGCCAAGGUUACCCUGACCACAUGGUGUUCUCCGAGUUCCGCCGUCGCUUCGAAGUCCUGGCCCCACACCUGACCAAGAAACAUGGACGCAACUACAUCGUGGUGGACGAACGGCGGGCCGUGGAGGAGCUGCUGGAGUCCUUGGACCUGGAGAAGAGCAGCUGCUGCACGGGCCUGAGCCGGGUGUUCUUCCGGGCGGGCACGUUGGCGAGGCUGGAGGAGCAGCGGGACGAACAGACCAGCAGGCACCUGACCCUGUUCCAGGCGGCCUGCAGGGGCUACCUCGCCCGCCAGCACUUCAAGAAGAGAAAGAUCCAGGACCUGGCUAUCCGCUGCGUCCAGAAGAACAUCAAGAAGAACCGGGGGGUGAAGGACUGGCCCUGGUGGAAGCUCUUCACCACCGUGCGGCCCCUCAUCGAAGUGCAGCUGUCAGAGGAGCAGAUCCGGAGCAAGGACGAGGAGAUCCAGCAGCUGCGGGGCAAGCUUGAGAAGGUGGAGAAGGAGCGGAACGAGCUGCGGCUGAACAGCGACCGGCUGGAGACCCGGAUCUCAGAGCUGACAUCGGAGCUGACGGAUGAGCGUAACACAGGAGAGUCCGCCUCCCAGCUGCUGGACGCCGAGACUGCCGAGAGGCUCCGCGCUGAGAAGGAGAUGAAGGAGCUGCAGAGCCAGUACGAUGCCCUGAAGAAGCAGAUGGAGGUGAUGGAGAUGGAGGUGAUGGAGGCCCGGCUCAUCCGGGCGGCCGAGCUCAACGGCGAGGUGGACGACGAUGACACGGGUGGCGAGUGGCGGCUGAAGUACGAGCGGGCAGUGCGGGAGGUGGACUUCACCAAGAAGCGGCUGCAGCAGGAGUUUGAGGACAAGCUGGAGGUGGAGCAGCAGAGCAAGAGGCAGCUGGAGAGGCGGCUCGGGGACCUACAGGCAGACAGUGACGAGAGCCAGCGGGCCCUGCAGCAGCUCAAGAAGAAGUGCCAGCGGCUGACCGGGGAGCUGCAGGACACCAAGCUGCACCUGGAGGGCCAGCAGGUCCGCAACCAUGAGCUGGAGAAGAAGCAGAGGAGGUUUGACAGCGAGCUCUCGCAGGCGCACGACGAGGCCCAGCGGGAGAAGCUGCAGCGGGAGAAGCUGCAGCGGGAGAAGGACAUGCUCCUGGCCGAGGCUUUCAGCCUGAAGCAGCAGCUCGAGGAAAAAGACAUGGACAUCGCAGGGUUUACCCAGAAGGUAGUCUCACUAGAGGCUGAGCUCCAGGACAUUUCUUCCCAAGAAUCCAAGGACGAGGCCUCUCUGGCCAAGGUCAAGAAACAGCUCCGGGACCUGGAGGCCAAGGUCAAGGAUCAGGAAGAGGAGCUAGACGAGCAGGCGGGGACCAUCCAGAUGCUGGAACAGGCCAAGCUGCGUCUGGAGAUGGAGAUGGAGCGGAUGAGGCAGACCCAUUCCAAGGAGAUGGAGAGUCGGGACGAGGAGGUGGAGGAGGCCCGGCAGUCGUGCCAGAAGAAGUUAAAGCAGAUGGAGGUGCAGCUGGAAGAAGAAUACGAGGAUAAGCAGAAGGUGUUGCGGGACAAGCGGGAGCUGGAGAGCAAGCUCACUGCACUCAGCGACCAGGUGAGCCGGCGAGACUUGGAGUCGGAGAAGCGGCUUCGGAAAGACCUGAAGCGCACCAAGGCGCUACUGGCGGACGCGCAGGUCAUGCUGGACCACCUGAAGAACAGCGCGCCCAGCAAGCGGGAGAUCGCCCAGCUCAAGAACCAGCUGGAGGAGUCAGAGUUCACCUGUGCGGCAGCUGUCAAAGCACGGAAAGCAAUGGAGGUGGAGAUUGAGGACCUGCACCUGCAGAUCGAUGACAUCGCCAAAACCAAGACUGCGCUGGAGGAGCAGCUGAGCCGGCUUCAGCGUGAGAAGAAUGAGAUCCAGAACCGGCUGGAAGAGGAUCAGGAGGACAUGAAUGAGCUGAUGAAGAAGCACAAGGCGGCCGUGGCUCAGGCCUCCCGGGACCUGGCUCAGAUGAAUGACCUCCAAGCCCAGCUAGAAGAGGCCAACAAGGAGAAGCAGGAGCUUCAGGAGAAGCUGCAAGCGCUCCAGAGUCAGGUAGAGUUCCUGGAGCAAUCCAUGGUGGACAAGUCCCUGGUGAGCAGGCAGGAAGCGAAGAUCCGGGAACUGGAGACUCGCCUGGAGUUCGAAAGGACGCAAGUGAAGCGGCUGGAGGGCCUGGCCAGCCGGCUCAAGGAGAACAUGGAGAAGCUGACUGAGGAGCGGGAUCAGCGCAUUGCGGCCGAGAACAGGGAGAAGGAGCAGAACAAGCGGCUCCAGCGGCAGCUCCGGGACACCAAGGAGGAGAUGGGCGAGCUUGCCAGGAAGGAGGCCGAGGCGAGCCGCAAGAAGCAUGAACUGGAGAUGGACCUGGAAAGCUUGGAGGCCGCCAACCAGAGCCUGCAGGCCGAUCUGAAGCUGGCGUUCAAGCGCAUCGGGGACCUGCAGGCUGCCAUCGAGGAUGAGAUGGAGAGUGAUGAGAACGAGGACCUCAUCAACAGUUUGCAGGACAUGGUGACCAAGUAUCAGAAAAGAAAGAACAAACUUGAGGGAGACUCAGAUGUGGACUCGGAGCUGGAGGACCGGGUUGACGGGGUCAAGUCCUGGUUGUCGAAAAACAAGGGACAGUCCAAGGCAGCUUCCGAUGACGGCAGCUUGAAGAGCUCCAGAUUGACCCUUAAUGUUCUCCCCAAGGAGGGCAAGGGGGUGGAGGAGAGGCCGGCCUCCGUGUUGAGCUCCUUGAGCUAUCGGAAACGGCUCACCCUGAAGGACUCCAUCGGGGGCACCGGGGAUGAGGACUCGCUCUUCACCACGCUGAGCGAGCGCGCGGCCUCCCCCGAGAGGCCCCCCCGAAGGCCCCGUGCUGGGCCCAGGCAGGAGCCGGCCGCAGCCGGGAAGCCCGGGGAGCCGGACGAUGGCGGCUCAGUGUUCUCCGAGGCCAGGAGCCGAGCCGGCCGCGGGCUGGAGAAGCGCUGCGGCUCAGACUUCGACCGGGCCUCAGCCGUCUCUGCGCCCGUGAGCCGGGCCUCCUCAGCCACGCGCCGGGGCUCUGGCGAGGACGGGGCCCGCUCCUCCCUGAGCUUCUCGCUGUCAGGCUCCCCAAGUGCCCGUCGCAGCACCUCCCGCCUCGACAGCCUGCCUGGGACCCUCAGCCCUUCCUUGAGCCGGGUCUCAGGCCUGGGCCGGGACAGCCCUGAUUCCCGCCUGUCCCUGGGCCGGAGCUGCCUGGAUGACUGGGACGAUGGAGCCAGUGUGGCCUUGAGCGAGGCGCAGUCACAGUACAGCCACCCGUCGCUGGCCCGCAGCCUGUCGGUGCCACCGCAGCCGCGCGGCUUGGCCUCAGCCGCCGACGAGCCUCUUGGCGCCAGUGUCCGCCCCAUCAGCCGCCACUCCUACCUGGACCCCGACCUGGAAGCUGCCAUCAACGAGGUCUUGAGCUACAAACCCGUCCCGUUCCAGCGGAGCAGCCUGGAGCCCGACUCCGAAGAUGAUGACCGGAAGAGCAUCCAGAGUGCCCGGAGCGCCCAGCUGGACCUCCCGGAGCGAGCCGCCAGCAUCCGCCGCUCGGCCUCCGCAGCCGACGUGUCUCGGUCCCACGGCGGCCGCAAGAGCCGGAGCAAGCAUAGGAGCAGGAGGAGCAGCUCCAGCUCCAGCUCCAGCUCCAGCUCUGAAGACUCGGAGCACAAGCGGCGGAAGAAGGGGCGCUCCCGGAAGAGCAAGAAGAAGUCCAAGUCAAGAAGGAAGAGAGCCAAGACCGAGUCGGAGUCCUCCUCCUCCUCUUCCUCAUCCAGCGGCUCCACGGUCUCGAGCCACAGCCGCUCAAGCGUGAAGAAGGGCCCGGGGGCGGAGAGCGAGGAGGCUGGGCAGGCUCAGCGGCAGUCGAGGAAGGCGGAGAAGAAGCGCAAGAAAGAGGUGGACAGCCUGAUGAUGCGGUACCUGUACCGGCCCGAGAGCGACUAGCGCACCCCACCGGCUACUGGAAGUCCCCCGCCCAUGACCGGUCAGAUGAGGAACCCGACGCUCUCGACAGCACCUCCAGAGCCCGGUACUCCCACAACUACACGAGUGACAGCGACACAGAGGCCAAGCUCAUGGAGACCCACGCGUAACCUG